AUUACGAUUUUUAAAACGCUUUUGGGAUUAGGACAAUUAAACAUGGAGGCAAAAAAGUGAUUAUAGAAAGAAGAGAUUGAAGAAAGUGUGCUUUGUGUAUUUAGCGUCGGUAUUGUCAAAUAGUAAAUAACAAUGCCUCUUGGUAAUAAGCCAGUUUGUGAAUUAUGCAAAGUUACAAACUCAACGAUGUGGAAGAAAGGCAGCAGUGGCGAAGUUAUAUGCAACUCGUGUUCACUGAAACAAAGCUGUCCCGCCGGUGGUGAAAAGGAUUCAAAUGACAGCAAUGGUAGCAUCCCUGAACGGACCAAAAGUAACGGUAACUUAAUAGGUCCUGUACUGAGAAAAAGUGCGAGAAUCAAACCAACCAAACACAGGUAUAUAACGGCAGCAAAGGCGUUGGCAACCAAGGGGAAAAGCAGGAGGAUCGUCUUCAAGAAGAGUCAACCAAUCAAAGCUCCAAGUGCUGUGUCAACAGUUGUAACGGGAGAAAGUGUCUUUUAUGAUGGCAUGUACUAUCAGACAGGUGACAUAGUCUCCCUUUUGGAUCACGAUGGCUCCGUGUAUUAUGCUCAGAUUCGAGGAUUCAUGCAGGAUCAGUAUAACGAGAAGAGUGCGGUGUUGUCCUGGUUAUUGCCAACGCAGAACAGCCCUAAAGUAGGAUUCGACCCGUCAACGUACAUACUGGGUCCUGAAGAGGAUCUGCCACGCAAGAUGGAAUACAUAGAGUUUGUGUGCCAUGCCCCCUCGGAUUAUUACAAAUGUCGCACUGGUCCCUAUCUCACGAUAUCCCGUGAACCGGAAUUGUGCUAUAUAUGGACAACAAUGGGAGAAAAAAUUAUCCCAUCCCUCAAUACAGAUGAACUGUUUGGAAUGAAAGAUUGCCCCACCUCUAAAUCACUGGGCAGCAAGUUCAGUAAAGAUGACAAGAAAGAAAAGGGACACAAAAAACAGGACAAAGAAAAGCAACCCCCUGUAGAGGUCAAAAAAGAAAUUAUCGUUGAUGAUUCAUAAGAUAGUGUCGUUGACGAUUCUUAAAUGGAUAUUUAAAAUGAAAGAAGAAUUUACAGUACGUGAUGUACAGUACAUGUACCAUUAACAUGAAUUUACUGAACUACAUAUAAAUACCAGAAAGUGUUGGCAUAAAACUUUUUAAAUAGUUGUAAAUGUUGACUUAAAUAAAGCAUGAUUUUAUCAUCAGAGAACUUUUAAUUAAACAUUAUGAUAUUCAACAAUAAAGAAUUUUUUAAAAAUAAA